AUGGAACACAUCAGGCUCCACCAUAGCUUUACGCCGAGUAAACGGUCCUUUCAGAGCCAGUUCCGGAAGUGGGAUUUCCCACUUAAACAGAACUCUGUGAACCAAAACGACGAGUUGCUCUCCCGUGUGAGGGAACUGUGGGAGCAGAACCUGCCUCAAAAGGAGAUGCUUCGCAUCCUGGGCCAGGAGGGCUUCGAUAUCAAGCCGAGAGAACUAGUACGCCUACGCUCCCGAAACCGACUCCUGCUUCGAGACCCGCGCGGCGAUAAAGCUCAAGGCACCGGGUCGCCCGGGCAGUCGACUGAUAUCACGAACCACGAGCCGAGAUCCCCGAGCCACAGCAGUAGACGGAGCACGCCGAGCACCCCCGCCUCCAAAGCUGCCCUUAGCCCCGGCGUUGCGGUAUCUUUUGGCCACGACGAGCAGGCAGCCGACGAAACUCUGAUGGAUGCGGUGAGUUUGCCACUAUCCCCAAAGCCCGGAAGAAAGCCCAGGGGAAGAGCGCGCCGGAGGGCGGGGCACGUGGUGGACCCUACGGCCCGUCCGCCGAGAUUCCCUUCGGAGACCACUCUCGACGAGGCGAGGAUAAUUCUGGGCCUGGACACUGUGGGCUAUCGAGCUGUGCGCACCGCUUUCCAGGGCAUCUGCGAAGAAUGUGCGGUGGUGAAGAAAACGUUGGCGGGACCCAAGCGAUGGGAGACUGUCAAGAGUCGGCUGGUGCAAGAGGUAGUCCAGUUACAGACCCCUUUGUGGGUCAACCAAGAGAAUAUCGAAUCGAAGAAGCUCGCCCUUGAUAUCAUCUGCACAGACGUGACGAAACGAAUGCGCGAUGGCGACAAGCGUAUAACGGUCAGCGAUGCAAAGAGAAUCCUGGCAGUCAACCCUGAGGAGUCGAGACAACUCCGCUCGAGCUUCUACCAACUUCUAGUGAGCGGCGAGGACCAGUUUACCUGCAAGUCCAAGGCCGGACCGGAGCAGUGGAAUAGACUUAUGCAGCAAUGGAUUGGGGGUUCCGAGAUUAUCCAUGGACUUCUGGCUGGCGACCCCUCGACGCCCGGAAACCAAGACAGACGGAAGGCUUUGGAUAUCCUGGCCAGCGAUGUGAUGAAGAGGCUGCGAGACGAAAAGGCAAGAAAGGGCCAGCCAAAGGGGAGACAACGGCGAACUCAGCAGCCGGAACCGCCUCGGUGGACACUACCGGACGUGACAGCGUCGAUACACCGCCAACGCAGGCCCAUCACACACCCUCAUAUCCACACAGCCUGCACGCGUCGCCUCCUUCGGGCUUCUCGAGCCCGGGAGAUGGCCAGGUGCCCCAUUCCCUCGACGACUACGACAGCACAUCGCAGAUGCAACUUUGCCAGGCUCCCCGCUGAUUCGAUGGGCAUUUCGCUCGCGGUAGGGCUGCAGUCGUCCCAGGAUGUCGGUAUACAUGCGCACCGACGCGUCGAGGUUGCCCAUCACGGACAUGCCGUCCGCCACCAGAUUCUCUCUGGACUCCUUCUUACGCACAGCCCUGAAACAUCUUUUGUCGACCAGCAAUUUAUCGCCUCCUUUGGCAUCGAGCCAGGCCCUCAACUCUUCCACCAUAUGAGCACCCCUAGCACCGCACCCGGCGCCGCAAACCCCUUCACCCCCGUCUCGACAAUCGCCGUCUAUCUGCGCCCGCAUCCCUUGUCGACAUACCCUCUCAGACCUGAGCUCUGGAUUGCCACCCUCGACACUCAGUCACUCGAGAGACUGCAGCAAGUGGCGAUUGACAAGUAUCCAAAGGCGACAUGCGUGAAGAUCGAGGGGGUCCUGAAGGAUCCCAAAGGUUCCGAGUUGCUCGUCCAUAUCGAUGACGACGGGAAGCUCGCGGCCUACUUGGCGCACGUGGAGGGCUCGACGCCCACCUUCAACGUACAGUUGGAGCAAAUGGAAUCCCCGCUCAACUUUUGCGAAGCGCAUGCCGAUAGGCCUACUGCACCCCGAGGUAGCCCGAUGCUAGACAGCAUGGCUGCGUUCAACAACCCGGGGCCUGGGCCCGAGAUGACGCCCCAGCUUCGAAUUCAACAUCCUGAUGGGGCGGCGGGCCAUACCAGCGGUUCAUGA